AGCGGGCGAGCCAUAAAAAGCGAAAAGCAUCGUAGCAGAGCUGUCAGUCACUGUCGCUCUGCUUGCUUCCACACUCCACAUUUACAGGGUAAUACAGACCAUCUUGUCUUCUGAGCAUCUUUCUGCCCUCUGCUGCCUCCGUGUAGCUCCAUCCCAGUCCACAGCUCCAACAACAGAGAAAACAAACACACAUUCCAGAUUCCGACGCUCCACCUGCACCAGGCAUGGCUACCAUCACCUGCACCCGCUUCACAGAGGAAUACCAGCUGUUUGAAGAACUGGGCAAGGGAGCAUUUUCAGUGGUGCGCAGAUGUGUGAAAGUCCUCUCAGGACAAGAAUAUGCUGCCAAAAUCAUCAACACCAAGAAGCUUUCGGCAAGAGAUCAUCAGAAGCUGGACAGAGAGGCAAGGAUCUGUCGGCUUCUUAAGCACCCUAACAUUGUGCGUCUCCAUGACAGUAUCUCAGAGGAAGGCCACCAUUACCUGAUCUUUGACCUAGUGACGGGUGGAGAGCUGUUUGAAGACAUCGUUGCCAGAGAGUACUACAGUGAAGCAGAUGCUAGCCACUGUAUCCAGCAGAUUCUGGAAGCUGUGCUCCACUGCCAUCAGAUGGGUGUCGUUCACAGAGACUUAAAGCCAGAGAAUCUGCUUCUGGCUUCCAAGUCAAAAGGAGCAGCAGUGAAGCUGGCAGACUUCGGCCUGGCAAUUGAGGUGGAAGGAGAGCAGCAGGCAUGGUUCGGCUUUGCUGGCACACCUGGAUACCUGUCGCCUGAGGUAUUACGGAAGGACCCCUAUGGAAAGGCAGUAGACCUCUGGGCCUGUGGUGUGAUUCUCUACAUCUUGCUGGUGGGGUAUCCUCCCUUCUGGGACGAGGAUCAGCACAGACUGUACCAGCAGAUCAAAGCCGGCGCGUAUGAUUUCCCAUCCCCAGAGUGGGACACUGUCACUCCCGAGGCCAAAGAUCUGAUUAAUAAAAUGCUCACUAUCAACCCUGCCAAGCGCAUCACUGCUGCCGAAGCCCUGAAGCACCCAUGGAUCUCACAUCGCUCUACUGUGGCAUCCUGCAUGCACAGACAGGAGACUGUGGAGUGCCUGAAGAAGUUCAACGCUCGGAGGAAGCUGAAGGGAGCCAUUCUAACCACCAUGCUUGCCACCAGAAAUUUUUCAGGAGGAAAGAGUGGUACCAACAAGAAAACAGAUGGAGUGAAGAAAAGGAAGUCCAGUUCCAGUGUCCAGCUGAUGGAGUCGUCUGAGAGCACUAACACUACUAUUGAAGAUGAGGACACCAGGGUAAGGAAACAGGAGAUCAUAAAGGUGACUGAGCAGCUGAUUGAAGCCAUCAGCAACGGGGACUUUGAAAGUUACACGAAGAUGUGUGACCCCAGUGUAACUGCCUUUGAGCCUGAAGCCUUGGGGAACCUGGUGGAGGGACUGGACUUCCAUCGUUUCUACUUUGAGAACUUGUGGUCUAAGAACAGUAAGCCAGUGCACACCACCAUCCUGAACCCACACAUCCAUCUGAUCGGGGAAGAGGCUGCCUGCAUCGCCUACAUCCGCAUCACGCAGUACAUUGACACCAAUGGGAUGCCGCGCACCGCCCAGUCCGAGGAGUCCCGCGUCUGGCACCGCCGUGACGGCAAAUGGCAGAUCGUCCACUUCCACCGCUCUGGAGCACCAUCCACCAUCACCAAGUAAGCUAAUCAGCUGAGCCGUAAAGCCAGCGAGGUCGGACGCGAGAUAUGUCCUGGUGGCCACGCUGCUUGCUGAUUGAAUUGGCACCAGAGAGGGCUAUACAUCUGCCUGAACACCCACAAGUCUCUGCUUCCCCUACCCACUUCAUCUCCAUCCAGGCUUGAGAUUCCUGCCUUUACCACACAGUCAGCACGAGACCUCAUCUGAUACACUUCACAACCAUGUAUGUACAUAUACUGGACUGAUGGCCAUUUCUGUCAUUGUUUUCUGUGGUUUUGCUGGGUACACAUUUAUUUAUUUAUUUAUUUAUUUAUUUAGCUUUGUUUUUUUGUUUUUUUUCCCAAGAAAAACUGGUAAAAAAGUGAGAAUUUAAAAUUAGAGUGUUUUUUGCUUGUGAAAAGGAUUGUUGGUUAAUGAAAUGCAAUGGGAGAUCGAAAGCCAUAAAUAGAAACAUUUGUGUUCUAGUUGACCAUGCCAUUUUUGAUGUCCAUUUCCAAACUCACAUUGUAAAAUAAUAGCAGGUGAUGUAUGGAAGUGCAUGAACAACGCUCACCUGUUUGGUUAGAACAAGAGCGAAGUUAUCGUGUAUGUUUUCUAACAACAUUACUUUGUUGUAUAGCAUUUUAUUCUGUGUUUGACUUAUAAAUACUCUUCUUAUUAA